AUGGAGUCCUCCGCCCGUGAGCAGUCGCCCGACGAGCGAGCUGCAAAGCGCGUCAAGAUCGACGCUUUGCCGUCUCUCGAGAGUGAGACGCCGAGCGGUCAGAAUGGGAGUCGCGCCAAUGGGGGAGAGCAGGCUGCCGAGAAGCCCCAGGGCGGAGAUGCCGCCAUGGCUGAUGCCCCCAAGGGCGAAUCGGGUCAGGACGGCCCCGUCCCCGAGGUGAAGAAGGAUGCUCGGGACCGCAAUGCUGCCAUUGCCCCUAUCAAGGCUGAGUUCCUGAUCCCGCGUUCGGAGAUUGAGAAGCAGCAGGAGGUUUCCAUCGACGAUGAUGCUGCUGAGGGACGCGGCCAGGACCAGGAGCAGCAGGAGCGUGGGGAUCACCCACGUCGCGACACGCGUGACAAACGCGACAAGAAGAAGGCCAAGGGACAGAACAAGGAGCGCACGUUUGGCAACUUUGACGACACGUUCCGCCUGUGCAACAGUCGCGCCUAUUAUCCUGAGUUUUCGCCGCGCGAGUGCCGCUAUGGAGACCGCUGCCAGCUGUCCCACGAUCUGCGCAAGUACAUGGAGGAGGGUCGCCGUGGUGAUGUUGAGACUUUUGGCGGCAAAUGCCCCGUUUUCGAGAGCCAUGGUCGCUGCCCUUCGGGCUGGAAGUGUCGCUUCGUCAGGAGCCACAUGAAGGAGAUCGAGCGUGAAGAUGGUCGUAAGGAGCUGGUGCUGCUUGGCGCCUCUGAUGGCACUGAUGAGGACCCUGAGGAUGCUCGCCUCGGCAGCGUCAAUGUUAUCGACAACAAGGUCAAGAUUGAUCUGAGCCGUCGCCGCGUCAACAUGGAGGAGGUCGACAAGUACAUUUCUUGGAUGAACCACGAGACCAAGUUGACCGACGAACUUCACCACCGUCGUAACCGCCAGACCGCCGAAGACAGCGAAGACCUCCGUGCCCAGUACAGGGAGGCACCAUUGAAGCCCUCUGAGAAGCGCAAGCUGUACUUUGGACGCGAUACGCCCGCCCUGGCGCCCCUCACCACGCAGGGCAACCUCCCGUUCCGGCGUCUUGCCGUGGAGCUCGGCGCUGAGCUGACCUACUCUGAGAUGGCCAUGGGCCUGCCCCUCAUUCAGGGCACAAAGGCUGACUGGACGCUCCUCAAGGCCCACGAGUCUGAGCUCGUCCCGCCCAAAGCUGGCGGUCCCAUUGUCCAGGGCUACGAUAACGCCAAGGAUAUCAAGUUCGGCGCUCAAAUCUCCGCCAACCAGCCCUGGGUUGCUGUGAAGGCUGCCGAGUGCCUCAAGCGUUUCGUCCCUCACCUGCGUGUCGUUGACCUCAACUGCGGCUGCCCAAUCGACAUGCUUUUCAAGGCCGGUGGUGGCUCUGCCCUCCUGGAGGCUCACGGCAAGCUCGAGCGCAUGGUUCGCGGCAUGAACACCGUUUCGGGCGAAAUUCCCGUGACCGUCAAAAUUCGCACUGGUGUCCGCAACAACCGCCCUACUGCCACAUCCAUCAUCAACAAGCUCGCAUUUGGCGCUCGCGAGCACCGCGAGCGCCUUGGCGCACCUGGCUGUGCCGCCAUCACCCUCCAUGGCCGCAGCCGCGAGCAGCGCUACACGCGCAGGGCUGACUGGAGCUACGUCGCCGAGUGUGCUGCCCUGAUCAAGAGCUACAACGAGACAAAGGACGCCGACACUGACACGAUUCGCGAGCCCGAUGCCUCGACUCUGCCCAACUCCAAGGACGGCAAGAUGUACUUCCUCGGCAACGGUGACUGCUACUCACACGUCGAGUACUUUGACCACAUCGACAACGCCGGCGUUGACAGCGUCAUGAUCGGCCGUGGCGCCCUCGUCAAGCCCUGGCUCUUCGAGGAGAUCGAAAAGAGCCAGUACCUCGACAAGACGGCCACCGAGCGCCUCGGCUACAUCGAAAAGUUUGUACGCUACGGUCUCGAAGCCUGGGGCUCCGACGAGCUCGGCAUCGGCUUCACCAGACGCUUCCUGCUCGAGUGGAUGAGCUUCACGCACCGCUACGUCCCGCUCGGCAUAUUGGAGCACCUGCCUCCUUCGCUCAACGACCGGCCGCCCGCGUUCCGGGGACGGAAUGAGAUGGAGACCCUGCUUGCAAGCAACAACUACAAGGAUUGGAUCAAGAUCAGUGAAAUGUACCUUGGCCCUUGCCACCCGGGCUUUACCUUCCAACCGAAGCACAAGUCGAACGCCUACGAGGCCGAGGGUUAG